GCGUGCGCAGUAACUGUAACUUUUACCUUUCUCCCAUCAGUAUUAAGGAGUUCUAAACAAAACCAGCGUCUUAUCGAAAUGGCCGGUAGAAGACGAAGAAGAGGAAGGGUUGCACGUAGGUCUUUUGUAGCCAAGACUGAUGCCGAACCAGCAACGGAAGAAAAUCAGGAGCCGGAGCCUGUUCCUUCUACAUCUAGAGGGACCGAUGAAGGAGCAGUGAAUGAUCCAGCUGUUGCUGGUCCUUCAACUUCUCGAUCCCCUAAUAUGUGUCCUAAAUGUUCUGGAGACGAUAGAUUUCCUAUGUGUUAUAGAGCGAUCUGUGGGGCACCAGUAUGCGAAGGAGCUCCGCCAUCUGUAGACGAUGGACCUCGAUUUACACCUCAAAUGAUUGCGCAUUGCAACCGUAGAAUCCGAAGAGAGAUGGUUAUGACUGGAAAUAUGUCAGAGAUGGUGACUUACAUGCAGAGACGACUGGCUCAGGUUGGAUGGAGAAAUGCCAUGAUGCAAAAAUGUCGAGAGGUUAUCUUGGAGAGAGGUGAGGAAAUCAAAUACGAAGAACUGUACGACGGCGUGAAGGAUUAUGGAAGAGAGACUCUUCCAUUGAAAUUGAAAUUAGAGUUGUUUGCCGACCUGUUCCGUGUACCUGCUUUCGAAGUGAUAACGAGUGAGAUGGAGGACAAAGAACAGCCAGAAAGCAGAAGGAAAGCUGAGGCAAAGAAAGGCAAGGGAGCUGAUGGAAAUGGAGGCGCGUCAACGUCAAAAUUAUCUGAGGAGGCCGGGAAGAGAGCUGAAGAUGAGGGAGUAGGUGAAGAUGAGGAAUUAGGUGAAGAUGAGGGAAUAGCUGGAGCUGAGGGAUUAGCUGGAAUAGCUGGAGCUGAGGGAUUAGCUGGAAUAUCUGGAGCAGAGGGAUUAGCUGGAAUAUCUGGAGCAGAGGGAUUAGCUGGAAUAGCUGGAGCAGAAGGGGGCGCCGACGAAGAGAUAGACGUGUCGAACUUGGACAGUUUAGAACAGUUGCAAAUCUAUGAGGUGAUUAUGGAUGAAGUGAAUAUAGCUGAUUUGGAUGACGAGAGUAUGGUUGAGGUAAUUAUGGAUGAAACAGCGAUGGCUCAAGCGAUAUUGGCUGAGGCGAAUAUGGCUCAAGCGGCGAGGGCUGAGGCGGCGAGGGCUGAGGCGGCGAGGGCUGAGGCGGCGAGAGCUGAGGCGGCGAGGUCUGAUGAGAAUGUGGCUGAAGUGGCGGCUGUUGAGGAGGAAGCGAAGGAGAUGGAAUAAAAGCAUGUGUGAUGCUUCUCCAUGAAGGAUUCCUCCAGUUUACGUCCAGUUCAAUGUCAAGUUUGAAAAAAGAAGUUACUGUUCUUCUAUAAAAAGAAAUCCUCUGGAAAAGGAAAAAUUUUGAUGUUUUCCCUUGUAUUUUAAGUGGCAUGGUACCAUCUACACAUUUUUUAAAAAAAAUUUAAUAUAAAAAAUCAUAUUUUAAUGAUUUUCUAUGAAAUAAUGUAUAACUUUUCCUAGCAAAAAGAUUGGGAUGUAGUGUAAAUUUUCUCUGAAAUUUAAUUUUUUUUUUAUGUUUUAAAAAUAGAUUUAAAUAAAUUUCUAAGACUUUUUACGCAUUUUUAAAAAAUUUAAUUAAUAAUUUUCUGAGAUUUUUUUCUACACAUUUUUUAAAAAUUUAAUAUUAAGAGUUAUAUUUUAAUUGUAUUCUAUGCAAUAAUGUAUAAAUUUUCCAAGCAAAAAAUUGGGAUGUAGUGUAAAUUUUUUCUGAAAUUUAAUUUUUUUUUUAUGUUUUAAAAAUAGGUUUAAAUAAUAUUCAAAAACUUUUUUUAAAUAUGCAUAUUUUUUUCUUUACAAAAUUUUUCUCAAGUAUUUUUUUCUGUUGCUAUUUAAUUAUUAUUAUUAUUGAAAAAACGGGCAAAACAUUUUCAAAAAUGCAUAUAUUUUUAUUUUGAAAUUUGUUAAAAAUUAAUAUUUAUGUUAGUGUUAAUUUUAUACAGUACAUCAUAUAUACCACAAAAUAGGCAAUUCAGAAUAUUUUUGAAUAAUUUCACACCAAUAAAAAAUAUCGGUAUUCCGAUAAAUUUUUGGGUACCAUGUCAUCUUGUGCGAACCUUUGUGAAUUGUGAACCUUUCAAAUUUAAUUGGAUAUCGAUGUUAAUUGUUGAUGUUGUGAUUGUGUAAAUGUCAAGUGUCAAUAAACUGGAGAU